AUGUCGUUAACACUCAAGCUCUCUUCCCUUGCAAUUCGCACUCUCUCCAAGCCCAUUGCCAACCAAAUCAAGGCCCAGGCCCGCGAACAUGAACGAUUUCGCAAGAUUUGUGUCUCGAUGGCACAAGCCCUCCACCGGUUCGAUAUGCGUCUUCGACUAGGUUCCAUCCGCAAUGAUGCCGCUAUCCGCAAACAGACCGAGGCUGCAGCUGAAGCGAAGAAACACAUCCCCACAUCACCAACGGUCAAAACGGCGGCCGCAACAAAAGCGGAGGAGGAAGCUAUUCUGAAAGCCAAAGCUGCAGCUGAAGAAGCGGCAAAGCCUCAACAUUACCGUAUUCGACCUCUGUCCGAAUCCAAAGCAAUUGAGUCCGGCGCGAACUUUAUUAGCGAAUCCUUCCUCUUUCUCGUCGCAGGGGGUUUGAUUGUCUUUGAGUCGUGGCGCUCUCGUCGCAAGGAGAGUACGCGCAGGGAGGGUGUUGAAGAUCGACUUGCCGAGCUUGAACAAUCCGAGAAGACUGCCCGGGAAGCUUUGAUUGCCCUGGAGAAGGAAUUGCUGUCUCUCAAAGCUAAGCACGGAGAAUCACCGAAGUCGUCACAUCGAAUCUUGCCCCGCGAAGUGUGGGAAGUUAUGCCUGAGAUUGAGGAGCCCGAAGUUACAGAGACAUGGUGGACGCGCAUCACAUCCUAUAUACCUCUCGGCCCAUGGUCCCAGGCCUCUAGUCCGCCUACUGCAGCAGAGUCAACGCAAGCUCCUAAGGAAACCAAACCUGCAACCGACAUACCACCCGUGCCAAUGCAAACAGCUACUCCGAAAUCAUAG